ACAUAAAAAUCUCUCCACCCUCCCCGCUCUCUCUGCAAAAAAAUCUGUCAACCUUACUCCAACAACCACCAAAAUCACUUGAAGAAGAAGAAGAAGACAACAACAAACCCCUUCUGGAUUUGGUUCACUCUCUGUUCUCCGUUUGGUUUUUACUCAUAGAUUUUGAUGAGUGGGUGGUUUUAAAUUUUCGAAUUUAUCCAUCAGAUUCUGUUUUUUUCAUUUUUUUUUGUUGAAAAAUUCGGUCUUUUGUCUUUUUUUUUUUUUUUUUAUAAUCUUUAGGCCGAAAUCUGAUCUGGGUAUUUUUCGAAUCUAUUGUUUUUGUUUUUGAUAUCUUGUGUGUCAAUUCAUGGAAGCGGGAAAUAAGAGUGGGAAAUCCAAGAAGGGUGUUUGUGUUGACGAACCAGAGACGAUGAUGGGAAAAGAAGAAGAUCAGGUAUGGGAGAUUGACAGGAAAGUUGAAGAAGAUCUUGAGUUGAGUUUGGAGAGAAGACAAUGGAAGACAGUUUUUGAUGAAUCUUCCAUGUCUGAUAGGCCUCUGAAAAAGAUUCGUAGCCCUGACCGUCAUGGCGGCCAUGAUCCAUCUCUAACUCUCUGCAACUCUCCUCCUCCUCCUCCUCCUUCUGGUUUUCCCCCUAUGUUUCCUUUCGCUUUCGAUUCAUCUCAACGACCAUUUAAUCUUCCUCAACAGUUUCCAACUUCGUCUUCUUCUCAACUCCCUGCUUUUCACUCACCGUUUCAACCUCAUCAGAACCAGCAACACAUGAUUUCUUUCGGUCCUCAACAUGGAAAUCUCGGUUAUCCUCCAUUUUUUACAAGAGAAUCACCCAUGGCGGGCCAACAUCAGCAACAACAGCUUCUUCAGUACUGGAGUAAUGCAUUGAAUCCGAGUCCGAGAGGGAGGAUGAUGAUGAUGAUGAACAGAUUUGGUCAAGAUAAUCGGCCAUUGUUUCGACCAACAUUACAGCCAUUAAACACCACGAAGCUUUACAGAGGAGUACGGCAACGGCAUUGGGGAAAAUGGGUAGCCGAGAUUCGUCUUCCUCGCAACAGGACUCGUCUCUGGCUCGGCACAUUUGACACAGCGGAAGACGCUGCCAUGGCCUACGACCGUGAAGCCUUCAAGUUGAGAGGCGAAAAUGCCAGACUAAAUUUCCCUGAGCGGUUUUUCAACAAGGAGAAAUCAGCUUCCACACCAUCAUGUUCAGCAGCUUCUUCUUUCCCAACUCUCCAGAUUUCCACCACUGAAACCAUGCCGCCGCCGCCGCCGCCGCCGCCUCCGCCGCCGCAGGAGGAUAAUCCUGACAGUGAUUCAGGAAUUGGGUCGAGUGAAGCUACGGCGAAUGACGAAGUACAAGGUUCUGGUGCAGGGGAUAAUCAGGAGCUGGCUUGGGGAGCCGUGGCAGAAGCUUGGUUUAAUUCAAUUCCAGCGGGCUGGGGUCCUGGAAGUCCUGUAUGGGAUGAUUUAGACACUACCAGUAAUCUUCUCUUUCCUUCAAAUCUGGGUUUUCAGGAACAAGAAUUCAUGAGUCAACAUGAACAAACUCACAAUUACAGAGAGCAAGAUAAUACAGGCUCUGCUUCUUCUUCUUCUUCCUCUUCCUGUCCCAUGAGACCUUUCUUCUGGAAAGAUCAGGAUUGAUCUUGAUCUCUUCCUGUCAAUCAAACCCGUCAGAUUUUUGUUUUUCUCCCUAACUGGUUGCAGAUUUUUCAUUCCACCAACCUCUGAUUUACAGACUAGACUUCUUCUUACUCGUCAAAAAUUUUUCCUUCAUUUUCCAGGUGCAGACUUUUCAAGAACCAACCUUUUAGUUGUUUGAUUUCUCCUUUCCCAACCCAGUUUGAAUUUCAGGUUUUUAGAUUCUACUUCCACUCCAAUCUGCUGGCUGCAUAUUUCUAGGCCUUCUUGUUUUGGUAGUGGCAAGUUUAGCUUCAUAGACUUUCUACAUUUUUACUUGUGGAAUUUUGAUUUUAGUGUUUGCUUAUUAUAUUUAUAUAUUAUAUAUAUAUAUAUAUGUAUGCAUGUAUGUAGUGGCAGGACCAGGAAGAAGAUGGAGACAGUUUUGUGAUCUCCAUGGUCCAUAUCCAUCACUGACUUUGUUUUUCUGUUCAGUGAAUGUUGGCAUGGUGCCAA